UUAACCCUCAGGUUCGACUCCUGAUAACUGAGAGGUUAGACGAAAACUCCAGCUCCAGCUGAAGCUGGAAUGCAGAGUGUCAAGAGACUGUGGGGUCUAGCACAAGCAUCCCGGCUGCAGAGAUCUGUAUGUCAACUGCAACACAAAAAGGUAAUGGAGGACAACAAGCCAUGGGCUCUGAUCACAGAGGUGGGAGAAGAAGGUUACCUUAAAGAGUUCGUUAACAUAAUAAAACAGCACUUUCAAAUCAUCUACCUCGAAGACUUCCUUCAAAACCCUCAGCUGCACGGCCCUAAAAUCCAGGCCAUGCUUGUGUGGGCUCUCUCCCCUAUAGUACAGCCACAGCUGCUCAGUUUGCUCCCCUCGCUAAAGGUGGUCGCCAACGGAGGAGUGGGCAUCGACCACUUGGAUGUGCCGUACAUCAGCAGUCUGGGAGUGAAGGUGACCAACACGCCUGGUGUGGUGAGCGAUGCCACUGCAGAUAUGGCGAUGGGUCUGCUUCUGGCAUCGGCACGCAAGAUUGUUGAAGGUCACCAAAUAGCUGUUGCCCCCAACAGCACCCACAUGACACAAAGGCUGAUGGGAGAGGAAGUCACCGGGUCGACGAUGGGGAUUAUUGGAAUGGGACAUAUUGGCUGCAAAAUUGCUAAAAGAGGCAAAGGAUUUGACAUGAAGAUCCUGUAUCACAACAGGAACAGGAGGAGCGUUGAAGAUGAGCAGGCGGUGGGUGCCAGUUACUGUGAGAACAUGGACGACCUGCUGAAAGAGUCGGACUUUGUCGUUCUGGUUGUCAACCUCACCCCUGAAACCACAGGACUGAUUAGCCACAGAGAGCUGGCCCUCAUGAAACCCACAGCAACAUUGGUCAACAUCAGCAGAGGUCUGGUUGUGGACCAGGAUGCUUUAGUCAAAGCUCUGCAGUCGGGAACAAUCCAUGCGGCGGCAUUAGACGUGACUUACCCUGAACCUUUACCGAGGGAUCAUCCUCUCCUUGGCCUUCCUAAUGUGGUGAUCACACCCCACUUGGGCACCAACACUUACACUACAACAACAAAGAUGGUGCAGAGGAUGGUAGAAAACGCUGUGGCUGCAGUGAACGGCCAGUCUGUUCCCAAUGAAGUCAAACCAAAAUGACUUCACUGAUGGUACUUCAUCUGUCUGCAGUUAGGAGUGUUUUCCUACUCUAAGAUGAAGUACAUACAGUGGUGGAAAAAAGUUUUCGGACACCCCAUGCAUUUGUGAAAUAUUGCAUUAAGAAUCACUCUUAGGUCUUCAAGUGCAAUUUCUUUUAGUACAGUCACAGCCAAAAUACUAAAUAAAUCCUAAAAAAGCCAUUAAAAACUUAAAAUUGAUUGGUUCCAUAAAAAUACAUAAGAAAUUUUGAGUAUUGGGUCAUUUUGGUACCAGUGAUGAAGGUCGUUCUUUUUAUUAAAAGACACAAUUUUUGUUGCCAAGCUUCGUGUCUACAUAAAGCCAGCACAUUUGAAAGUUCUUCAGACACAAAAAUGGCUAAAACAAGGAACCUAACGUAGGAAACACGCCUGAAGAUAAAGAUUCUCAGCCAGGAAGGGUACAGCUGCCGCCAGAUAGCCAGGAAGUGCAGAUGCAGUCCUUCAGCAGUUGGAUACACUCUGCAGAAAUACAGACGAACCAACAGCUUGGAAGACAAACCAAGAUCUGGGUGUCCAAGGGUUUCUUCAGCAAGAAAUGACCGCAUCCUGAUCCGCAUGCGCAGGCAAAACCGCCGAAUGACAUCACAGGAGCUUCAGCAGCAGUGGUCAAACCAAACUGGUGUCCAGUGUUCCUCCCGCACUGUACGUGGCCGACUUUUAGAUCAUGGCUUAAGGUCCUACAAGGCUAUCAAGAAGCCCCUGAUCAAUGAGAGACAGAGGUUAGCCCGGCGUCGUUGGGCCCAGGCACACAAGAACUGGACAGCCAGGAAUUGGAAGAAGAUUUUGUGGUCAGAUGAGUCCAGUUUCCAGCUUUAUCUUCCUCCUACUAAUGUGAGGGUACGCAGAAGGCCAGGUGAAGCAUUAUCUCCAGCAUGUACAGUACCUACUGUCAAGCAUGGUGGAGGCAGUAUCAUGGUUUGGGGAUGCAUGAGUGCUGCUGGUGUUGGUCAUCUCACUGUCUGUGAUGGCACAUUGAACUCUACCAAGUAUUGUAGCAUUCUCGAAACCUACAUUCUCCCUUCUGCGCGUGCACUGUUCCGUCAAGGUAAAAACUGGAUGUUUCAACAAGAUAAUGCCCCUUGCCACACAUCCAAGGCCAGUAGAGCUUGGCUGCAGGAGCACAGUAUCCAGGUCUUUGAGUGGCCAGCUCAAUCCCCGGACAUGAGCCCCAUUGAAAAUCUGUGGUGGAUUAUCAAAAAGUCUGUUUCAAAGCAUAAACCAAAGAAUUUAGAAGAAUUAAAAAUAAUUAAUUCAAGAAGAAUGGGACAAGAUUACCCCUCAACAGUGUGAAAGGCUCGUGGGGAACAUGCCAGCCAGGAUUAGAGCUCUACUACAUGCCAAUGGCAGGACUACUAAAUAUUAAUUUGAUGAUGUGAUGGUUUAUUUAUUUUUUGUUCAGUUUUGAACACAUUCUCUGUUAUUUGUUGACUUUGAUACCGACAAUGUUGAGAACUGACAUAUUGAAACUGUCAAGAAUUUAGUUUUGUUAGUUUUUCUUGUAAACAAUAAACAAAAAAAUAUAAUUUGUAUUUGUUUGUAUCUGUCUAAUGCAGCCACACCUUUUGAAACACAAAAAAGAUUUUUCCACAAAUAUUUCAUGAUAAUAUUUGAGAUUGUGUAAAAUUUUAAGGGUGUCCGAAAACUUUUUUCCACCACUGUAAAAUUAACCUGUUAGGCUGUUUGAUAAACAUGAUAAUUAUUGUUACAUCAGGAUAACUAAUGCACCAAAUGCAUUUCAUUGUGCAACUCUGUCUUGUAGAAUGAGUGCUGAGUUUGUAAAUAAAUUUUCACUUUUACACUUCUA